CUUGAACGUUGUGCUCCAAACUUUUUGAUCGCCAUGGCUGGUGAAGGAGAUGUGAUGAUGUCUCCCGACCAGGCGGACCAGGUGGCACAAAAGGAGAGUCCACAGGACACAGCCAAGGAGCCAGAAGCUGAAAGCCCUGAGACGACUGAGACCAAGGAGCCCAAGGGUCCAACGAAUGAGGAACGUGUUGCAAUGGCCGAGUCUUCCAAAGAAGCUGGCAAUGUCCUUCUGAAGGCAGGCGAUGCAGCUGCUGCUGUCUCGAAGUAUGCUGAAGGAAUAGAGUUAACUGAGCCGUUGCUUGAGAAGGAUCCUGGUGAUGUAGGGGAGGAGCUGCAGAAACGAGGCACCGCGCUGUACCUGGCUUUGCGGCUCAAUUCUGCCCAGGCGAACAUCAAGCAGAGCAGUUGGCUCCUGGCCAUCGAGCACGCCAGCAAGGUUUUGCUGAUCGAAAAGGACAAUACCAAAGCGCUCUACCGCCGUUCUUUGGCGGGGCUGCAACUAGACACAGAAGGGCGUUUGGAAGAAGCGCGAGGAGAUCUCAGUCGCCUCAUCCAACUGGAACCCAGCAAUCGCGAGGCUCGGGAGAUGCUCUUCAAAGUGAAGGAGCGUCUCAAGGAGCUAAGACAGCAAGAGAAAGAGAGGCUUAGCGCUGCCAUGAAGGGUGGCCUCUACCAAGAACAGCACAAAAAGCUUGGAAAGCUGCAAGCAGCUUACGAAGAAGAGGUAAAGCGCCUCAAAGAUGCUGGCGAGGAUGAGAUCUCUUUUGAGGACUUUGCCAAGAAAACCAAAGAAAAGGAGGAGGAGCUUGAGAAAAAACAAAAGGAGGAGGCUCAGAAACGACGGGAAGAAGAGAGGCAAAAAGAGGAAGAGAGGCAGCUCAAGGAAGAGAAUCGGCGACGGGCCAGCGAAGGGAAACCUUCCGUCACAAUGGAGGAGUGGCGCGCCGAAGCAAAGGCAGUUGCUGCACAGGAAAAGAAACGUGUAGAGGAGGUGGUGAAGAUGGAUGAAGCGGAGCUGGACGAAGAGGACAAAAAACUCUUGAAAGAGACGAAACUUUGGACUCAGCUUGGGCGGAGGGAAAAAGGCUACUACCAUGGCCGUUUGGGCACCGUCCUCUCUGAUGCGGCACCCAAACCACAACUGGUCACUGAGAGCAAAGACGAGAGUUCCCCGAAAGUUGGGAGCGAGUGGAACCAGGCUGGAACAUGGGAAGAGAAGGAUGCUUCGUCAUGGGCACAAGAGCGCCUCACUGCAUGGUUGGGAGAUGCCUGCGUAAGCGGUUCCAAUGUGACGUUGCCAGCUGGUGCUGGAGAGGUGACGGCGAAGGUCAGCAAGGUGAAGUCGGUGAAGGGUGAGGCCCACAUCGUUUAUGUGCGGAAGCAGCCUCGCCAUGGUUUCAACUACGAAGCUGAUUUGAGCUUCUCCAUGAAUCUUGGGGAUGACAAGUUCAGUGGGACUUUGUCCCUCCCAGAGAUCAUGGAUGGCAUCGCGUGCGCAGAGCUGCGCGUGGACGCGAGAUGGAAGGGCUCUGGUCCUUCUGAAGCAUUUUUGUCUUUGGCCAACGAGUGGCUGGACCGACUCCGUGAGCGAGUCCGAGGCCAAGUUGCGGCCUUCAAGGAAGAGUACCAGAAGAGAUCUUAGAACUUAGACUCGCAGGUGUCUUCCGCAGCUGCAAACUGCAGCUAAAUACCAAAGAUGCGAUUCAAAA